AUGUCGAGGACAUUAUACAAACUUAGGAAAAUAAAAUUAAUUAACAUAAUAUACCCAAUGAAGUUUUUGAAAAGAUUAUCAAGAUCAGACAAAGAUAUAAACUCGAGGUUAGAGUUUCCGUACAGCGUUGAAGACCACAACAACAACAAUGUUUUGGACCAGCUACAAUUCGUUUACACGCCAGUGCUAAGGAUCCAACAAGCCUGGAGGAGAUAUAGGGAGAGUCAACUCGUUUCAACUGAUGACACGCCACAGCCUGACUUCCAAUGUUUCAAGAACCCAAUCAACUACUGCACAUCUUCAUCAGUUUAUAACAGGUUUCAACAGUACCACAAGGAGCAGCUGGACAACAGACUCUACUACUCGCAAGAUAUAAGGAACAACAACGUCGACUACAACUACAAUGAGAUGUCAACAGAUUCGCCAUUGAGAUUCAGUAAUAAAAAUUAUUUAAAGAAUCUUAGUAGCUCAAACAGUUCAUCCCAAUUUCAAAUCGAAUCAGAUCCCAACUCGUUUGCAUCGGAUUAUUCAGAAGUGAAUGACACUUUAAAAGAUCAACUGGCUAAUGUGCAUAUCCUUUCAAAUGAUUCUUUGACUUACAUCUCUUCCAACAAUGAAAGUUUAAUCUCUGUUCACCAAAAAAAUUUGGAUAACAACAUUAAUAAUUUGCACCAAAAACCACAAGAGAACAGUGAAGAUGACAUCAACAUUCAGAAGCAAGUCCGCAAAACUAAUCUACUUAGUUUGGCCCAGGAGUUUGCUGCACUCAAAAAAAUGAACUCUUAUGCUCUUCCCUUUGACUUGCAUCAUGACAGAUACAAGGACCUCAACUCACUGAGUGAUACAGCAUCUGAACCGGAUGAUGCAGCAAUGAGCGAUGCCACAAUGACGACGGCAUCCAAUGUUUCCAUUAACCACAAUGCAACUCCCGGCAUUCAGUCCACUAAAUCACUUCCUUUCAGUAACUUCUAUGACGACUCCAAUGAAUACGUUAAAAAUGUCAAUGAUGAAUAUGUGGCCAGCACGAAUAAUGAUGAAAAUAAUACCGUCAACAAUGUUCCAGAUGUUGUAAAGUCGCAGUUGAGUAACAGAGAGGAAAUAAGGAAGAAGUUGGCAUUCAAACUUGAUGAGGAUGAGUCGAAUGAACAAACGUCUGGUCUGUUCUAUUUGAACGAAACAGCAACUGAUCUGGAUAACGUAAAGGAUAAGUGUGAAACGAUUUCAUCCAGACCUGAUAUCAUUCCAUCUAUCAUGUCAACGAGUGAUGAUAGCAUAACAAGGAGCAAACAACAUGAUGAAGACUUUUUCUCUAAACAGGCUCGUCUGCAAACAGAAGCCAAGAUGGCUCUGGCUCAGGUCAGACCAAUGGCCCACAUGCAGUUGCAGUUAGAGAAACAAAAAGUAACCAAAUCUCCGCUCGCUGACAUAGUUGGUAUGCCAGGUUAUUGCGAUGGCAAACAAAUACAUUUGAACGUUCAGCUGAUGAACAACAUGAACAUUGCUCAGUUGCAGGUUGUAGUUAAUGACCUGCACGCAAGAAUCGAAGAGCUGAAUAUUGAACUAAUGCAGCAACUAGUGUCUCGAGAUGAUUUGCACAUGGCACAGGAUUCCAUGCUUAUUGACAUCGAAGACCUCACGGGACGGGCCCAAGAGUUUGCUGCACGGGUAAACAAAAAAAUUGAAUCAAGCAAGUAUAUCUGA